UAACAGUAAACUUUAGAAACAAAUAGUUUAAAUAUUAAAGAAAAAUAAUGGAAAAUAAAGAAAAUCUACGAAAAUCAUAUUCAAAUGAUUAUUAUAACUCACCAACUCAUCAAUUAAAAACACGUUCAUCAUCAGGUGUAUUUACACAGUUAACGUCAGCACAGAUCAAUGAAUUUAAAGAAUCAUUUACUUUGUUAGAUAAGGAUGGAAAUGGUAUAAUCACUAAGGAAGAUCUUGAAGCAAUGUUUGUUUCUUUAGGUCAAAAUCCAACAUCAUCAGAUCUUUCAUAUAUGUUAAGUCUUAUGCCAAGUCCUUUGAAUUUUGCAACUUAUCUUACAUUUUUUUCAAUGCAUCUUUCAGAAAUAUCUCAAAGAGAAGAUAUUAUAAAAGCAUUUCAAACUUUUGAUGAAGAUAAUUCCGGAAAAGUGAACUUAUAUGACUUAAAAGACGCUCUUAUGACUAUGGGCUCAAGAAUGUCUGAACAACAAGUAGAUAACGCUCUUAAAAGGUUUGUCAAUGGAAAUUUUGUUCAAUACCAAGAUCUAGUCGAUGCUCUUGCUGGAUUAGAAGAUAAAAAAAAUUAACUUAACCAAAAUUAUAGUUGUUUAUUUAUUUUACCUAUUUACAUAA